CUGCUGUUUUGCAGUUCACAGCCAUGAGCAAAGAAACUGGGGAUGUAAAUUGGUGAGUGAGGAACUACAGCUACGUGACUACUAAGCAACAAGGAAUGUAAGUGAAGCGCCGGAAUCCAAAGGGUGGAAAAUGAGCGCUUUCAAAAAGCAUCAUAGUCUUUCUCCCAGGACCUUCAGAAGAACUUUGUCAGAACAAGAUGCUGGCAUAGCUGCCUUGAAGGACUCCCAUUGGUACCACCGAAUGAAAAGCAAGAAGUUGAACAAGCAGUUGAGUUUUGACUCAGAGAAACCUCUUGCAGCGUACAGGUGGCAAACCCAUCCUUGGCCUCUCUGGAGGGUAAACAAAAGAGUGAGCUCCUCCAGUCUGAAAGGGGAAUGCAAUGAUCCAAGUCUUGCCAAAAGUUCUGCAAGCAUGGAUGCUACCAGUGCUGACAGUCUCCAGGAAGACCCACCUGAGCCACCCUUCCUGCCAAGGAGCAGGCCGCUGCGGGUGCCCUUCAGCCGCUCCCUGUCGGAGCCCGAGCCGCAGGCCGGGAGCGGGAACGCGCGGCCGUUCCUGCAGGACGCCGAGCAGCAGGGCUACUUCAUCCGGGGCAUCUUCUCCUCCCUCUCCAGUGGCUUUUCAAAGAUCAUGAGUCGGAAAGGGGAGCCUGGCAGCAAGUCCAUAACUGAAGGGAAGACAGAGGACAGUCAAACUGUUAUGAGUACAGAUGUGAAAGGACCACCCACCCACAGACUGUCCUGUGGCCAGUCCCCCUACACUGAGAUGACAACAUGGGAGAGGAAAUACUGCAUUCUGACAGACAGCCAGCUGGUGCUGCUCAACAGGGAGAAGGAGGUGCCUACAGAAGGGAUCCCGGAGCCGCAGGAUGCUUCCCGCGGGCGCUGCCUGCGCCGCACGGUCAGCGUCCCCUCCGAGGGCCAGUUCCCCGAGUACCCGGCAGAGGGGGCCGCCCAACUAGAGGUCCCAGCAGAGAGAUCUCCUCGCAGACGGAGCAUCUCGGGGACCAGCACCUCUGAGAAAACCAACUCCAUGGAUGUUCCGAACACUUCUCCUUUCAGAGUACCAGGCUUCUUCAGUAAGCGCCUGAAGGGAUCCAUCAAGAGGACAAAGAGUCAAUCCAAGCUGGACAGGAACAUAAGUUUCCGUCUGCCCUCUCCCAACAAUUCUGAGGACAGACCACGUGAGCUGCCCAAGCUGAAGGAGUCCCGUUCCCAUGAGUCUUUACUGAACCAAGCCAGCACCAUAGAGACUCUGGACUUUGCAGCAGAAGAAGCAGUCUUUGUCAAACCACUCCACAACAGUAUCCUUGGACGAGACUUCUGCUUUGAGGUAACCUACUCCAAGGGCAGUAAAUGCUUCAGUUGUUCCUCUGCAGCAGAGAGGGACUGGUGGAUGGAAAACAUACGCAGACUAUCGCAGCCAAUGAAGGACAAUUGCCGUCGAGCUGAAAACGUGCUUCGCCUCUGGAUCAUAGAGGCCAAGGACCUGACCCCUAAGAAGAAAUACUUCUGUGAGCUGUGCCUUGAUGACACCCUCUUUGCCCGCACCACCAGCAAAGCAAAAGCAGAUAACAUUUUCUGGGGGGAGCACUUUGAGUUCUACAGCCUCCCACACAUUCAGAGCAUCACGGUUCACAUCUACAAGGACGUAGAGAAGAAGAAGAAAAAGGACAAGAACAAUUACGUAGGCCUGGUCAACAUUCCCACGGCCAGCGUGACCGGUCGCCAGUUUGUGGAGAAAUGGUACCCAGUCAGCACCCCUACAGCCAACAAAGGCAAGUCAGGGGGGCCUUCCAUUCGGAUCAAAUCCCGCUACCAGACCAUCACCAUCUUGCCCAUGGAGCAGUACAAGGAAUUUGGGGAGUAUGUUACCAGCAAUUACGCCCUGCUGUGCUCCGUGCUGGAACCCGUGAUCAGUGUCAAGAACAAGGAGGAGAUGGCUUCUGCCUUGGUGCACAUUCUUCAGAGCACUGGGAGAGCCAAGGACUUCUUGACAGAUCUGGUGAUGGCUGAGGUAGAUCGUUGUGCAGAACAUGAUGUCUUGAUCUUCAGGGAGAACACGCUUGCUACCAAAGCUAUUGAGGAAUACCUCAAGCUGGUGGGACAGAAGUACCUCCAGGAUGCACUGGGGGAGUUUAUCAAGGCUGUGUAUGAGUCAGAUGAAAACUGUGAAGCAGAUCCCAGCAGGUGCUCACAGAGUGAAUUAGCAGAUCAUCAGUGCAACCUGAAAAUGUGUUGUGAGCUGGUCUUCUGCAAGAUUAUCAAUUCUUACUGCGUGUUCCCUCGUGAGCUGAAGGAAGUGUUUGCAUCUUGGAAGCAGCAGUGCCUGAACAGGGGCAAGCAGGACAUCAGUGAGCGCCUGAUCAGUGCCUCUCUCUUCCUGCGCUUCCUGUGCCCUGCCAUCAUGUCCCCCAGCCUCUUCAACCUCAUGCAGGAGUAUCCUGACGACCAGACCUCUCGCACGCUCACCCUCAUUGCUAAAGUCAUCCAGAACCUCGCCAACUUUGCCAAGUUUGGUAUUAAGGAAGAGUACAUGGCCUUCAUGAAUGAAUUUUUGGAACAUGAGUGGGGAGGAAUGCAGCGUUUUCUGAGGGAGCUCUCUAACCCAGAUACCAUCUCCAACAUGCCUGGAUACGAUGGCUACAUCGACCUGGGCAAAGAGCUCUCAGUGCUGCAUUCCCUCCUGUGGGAGGUUGUGUCCCAGCUUGAUAAGGGUGAAAAUUCCUUCCUACAGGCAACCGUGGCAAAACUGGGACCUCUCCCUCGUAUUCUUGCGGAUAUCACAAAAUCCAUGACCAGCCCUACACCCACGCAGCAGCAGCUGAAGCGUUUCACGGAGCACAGCUCCAGCCCAAACGUUGCUGGAAGUCUCUCCUCGGGACUUCAGAAGAUAACUGAGGACCCCAGCGAUGGUGACAUAAACAAGAUGAAGUCUCCAACCCAGGAAAAUAUAGAUGGACAUUUUAGGGGCAAGACCUUACUGCUGGUUCAGCAGGCAUCCACCCAGAGCAUGACUUGCUCAGAUAAGGAUGAGAAGGUAAGUGUCUUGCCCAACGGCCGUAGCAUCUCUCUGAUGGACCUGCAGGACCCUCACACAGCUCACGGUGACACCGCUUCCGUGAUGCACGACGUGCCUUUGCGCCUGGCGGGCAGCCAGCUCUCCGUCACCCAGGUGGCCAACAUCAAACAGCUGUGGGACGCCCAGAGCACCCCCCAGAGCGCUCCCCAGGUCCGGAGGCCGCUGCACCCGGCGUGGAACCAGCAGGGCAGCCUCCGGCCUCUCUCGUUCCAAAACCCGGUUUACCAGCUCAACAACCCGAGCCCCCCCACGGCCAAGGCCUCUGUGGACUCCAGCCCGGAGAACCUGAGCACCGCCAGCUCCCGCAGCCGCAGCAACAGCGAGGACUUCAAGCCCAGCGGGCGCAGCAACAGCAGCCUGGAGGACUCUGCCAAGCGCAGCUCGCAGAGCGAGGACUCGGCGCGGCGCCCCGACAAGCACGUGCCGGUGGUGCUGCCCCGGCAGAACAGCAGCAGCCAGGCGCAGAUCCGCAAGAUGGACCAAGCCGUGCUGGGCACCAGGGCCAAGACGCUGCACACGCUGACGCACAGCCCCUCCCUGCGCAGCACGGGCAGCGUGUCCGGAGCCUCGGGGGCCCUGGGCGCCGAGCCCAUCCAGAACGGCAGCCGCUCCCGGCACCAGUCCUCGUCCUCCAGGGAGAGCCCCGUCCCCAAGGUGCGGGCCAUUCAGCGGCAGCAAACGCAGCAGGUGCAGUCACCAGUGGACUCUGCCACGCUGUCCCCGGUGGAGAGGACGGCGGCGUGGGUGUUCAACAAUGGCCAGUACGAGGACACCAAGAAGGACAUUGCUCAGAACCUGGACGAAGUCAAGCAUGCUGAGAAGUACGAGCAGGAGAUCGCCAAGCUGAAGGAGCGCCUGCGCGUGUCCAGCCGCCGGCUGGAGGAGUACGAGCGGCGGCUCCUGGUGCAGGAGCAGCAGAUGCAGAAGCUGCUCACAGACUACAAAUCUCGACUGGAAGACAGUGAGGACAGGCUGCGCAGGCAGCAGGAGGAGAAGGACAGCCAGAUGAAGAGUAUCAUCAGCAGACUCAUGGCUGUUGAAGAGGAGCUGAAGAAGGAUCACGCUGAGAUGCAAGCAGUUAUUGAUGCAAAGCAGAAAAUUAUUGAUGCACAGGUCAUAAAUGGGGAUGAGAUAAUUCCAACAGGAGAAGCGGAUCGUGUUCCUGGACUCGGCCAACACGCGCCUGAUGAGUGCCCUGACGCAGGUAAAGGAGCGCUACACCAUGCACGUCCGGAAUGGCAACCCUCCCAAGCUUUCCAUCACGGAGAAUGGUGAAUUUAAGAACAGCAGUUUCUAAUUCUGCAGGUGCUGCCAACCACCUCCGUGGAAGAGCAAGACGGAGCAGAGCCAAGACCCCUCACCGUCACUGAUUGUUGCACAUAGUUCUUCUGUAAAAGGAAAGUUGUAUUGUUUGAAGAUUGUAUUGUUUGAAAAUUGUUCUAAAGUUGUUUUAGAAUUGUAUUUUAAAAUUGUAUUUUAAAUUGUUUUAAGAUAGUAUUGUACAUUCAAUAAAAUUGAAAAAGCAACUCUGAAGGGUGGGCUUUAAUUCCCCACUCAGGGCCAGGAGAAAUAGGCUCCCCAGAAUAAGUCCUUGUGGAUCACUGUGUAAAUAGAGGGAGCUCUUUGGUUGUGUACAGAAAAUGCCAAUGUAAUAUACCAAAAGGAAGUGAAUACUGUAGAUUUUUUAAUUAUUGCUAUUUUUUAUUAUUAUUAUUAUUAUUUUUUUGUUGUUGUUGUUAUUGUUGUUGUUUUUCUCUUGUUGAAAGCACUGCAGUCCUGGGAGGAGGAAGAGGGGAGUGUGUGUGCGUGUGUGUUUUGGGUGAGAGAGGUGAGCAGCAGGUGAGCUGAGGCAGCAACUGGCUGAUAAAAGGACAUGAAUGGAGUGAAAUGAAUUCCAUAGGAAAACUCACCAGCUGGGUUUAUUCCCCUCUUCCCCAGCUGGUCUUUAGCUGAAUGCAAACUUGAUAGCAAACGUUUUAGCAAGAGAACAGGCUCUUGCUGUGUCCCGUACCUACUUCCAAUAGGACUCUGUCAUAAAAAAGUUUUUCUGAAGAAGGUACAAAGUGGGAGCAGCAAGCUGGAUUCCUGGAAUUUGCACAGUCAGGCUUCCUGUCAGACAGAGGGAAUCUGCAGGAUUUUGUGGUAGGAUUCUUUCUUUUUUACCCCAGUUCUGAUGCAGUUUUAUAUUUUCUGUUUGGAGGAUUUACAGACCUGUAAAUACUUUUUUAAUGAUUUCUAGCCAAUCCCCACUGUACACCCCCUGCAGAGGCACCCUGAAUUCCCUCUCUGCUCUCCAUCAGGAACAGAUAGGUUAAUCCUCUCGGGAAAGGGCUAACCAAAGGGUGCCCAUGCCCAGCACAGGAAAUUCCAUAUGCAAAAGUCCCUUUUUCUAGAGGAUUUCUGUAUUUUAAUGCUUGCUUAUUUUCACUAUUUCAGCCACUUGCUUAACCAGCGUAGUUCCAAUGAAAGGUGCUUUCUGCACCUUUGUUGAAAGAUCUUCCAUUUCUGCUGAAAUUUUCCUUUCUCUGGAUAAUUUAAAGGGAUUUUUUUUUUUAAGUUUUGUACACUGCCAUUCUUUUCAGGAGUUUUGACUAAGCUUUUGUCUCCAAUUCCUUUCAGUUGUGUUUCAUAGAAGCAUGAUUCCAGACUGUGUGUGAAUGGGAUAUCGCUCCUAAGUGACCUUCUCCUGGGAGAUAGUGACAUUCACAACCUGUAACAGAUGAACAGUAAAUGGCUUGGUAUUGUCAAUUCUCAUGAUUUCAUCAAGUGCCACAAUAUUUAAUCUGAGAGGGUUUGGUUUUUUUUUAAAUCCCAGAUUCUGGAGUUAAGUGUGAAUUUUUACUUCCAGCUUUUGCUGUGCAUUUUUCUAGCCCUCAGACUCUUAAAGUAAAUGAAAUUAUUGCAGCAUUGAUUGAAAUUGUUAAUUACAGAAACAUGCUGAUAACAGCCAGUGUGACUAACUAUUCACACCUGCUGUGGAAAUUGGGAAAGUUUACUUCAGUUUGAGACAAAACCUUGAUGAAUUAUUGGCAAUACCAAGACCCAGACCUGGUGUCUGUUGCCAGGUUUGCCUGGUUUUUGGAAAUGAAUUCCUCCCAGCCCUGUGGUUGAUGCAGGAGGUGGCAGAGCAGUGUGUGUGCUCUGGUGUGACGAUGCUCAAGCUGCCAUCACUACCCACAUGUGUUCUGUGCAUCUGUGCAGAGACCCCUGUGCUGUAGCAGGUGUGUGCAUCAAUCCUAGCCAGGCCUUCUGGAGCACUGCAGCGAGCUGGGAUUUGGGAUUAUUGCUCGGCUCUUUGGGAUCAGAGCUGCUCCGGCUGCUCGGGCAGGACUCGGUGCCACCGGCACUGACACACCUGGGGUUGUGCUCUGCAUUGGCUCAGCAGUGGUUACUUUUCCAUACUUUCCAAACCGUCUUCCAGCUCUAGAUCCUUGCUGACCUCUGAUAUUUUAUUCCUCAAACUGUGCCUUUAAGUUUCUCCUUUCUCCCUUCAGGCAUUGCAGCCGUAGCAACUUCUCCAGUUUGUGCUGAGCUGUCACGUGAGGGCCUCUUUUACACAAACACUUUCUGUGGGCUCUUUGGGAUCUGCAUGUCCCUGUAGCCAUGUACUGUAAUUGCACAGCUGUAGCAUGGGGAAACAUGUUCCCAUCCCUUUUGGGAUGGGCAUGUGAACUGCUCCCUUGUGGCACCAUGCAGGUGAUGUGGGUGUGCUGUGAGCGAGGUGUGAGUGAGUUCCUGUGGGGCUGCACUGACAGAACAAGGCAGAAGCAGAUGUAUUCUAGGAGAGUUAUUCCACCAUCACUUUGGGAAACCUUUCCCUAGAGCUCCCCGGUGCUCUGGUAAUGUCAGAGGUUGCUGGCUGACCUGUGUGGUUUGAUGCUGAGGGCUGAGGUGUCCACUUUGGUUUCUGCAAUAGGGGCAGCAUUUCAGCCUGCACUUUUAGAGGGGAAAUAAUCCCUGUCCCAGUAUUGGUGAGGUCUUUGGUAGUGCAUCAUUCUAAUACUGUACCUUCUUCUGUGUGUUGCUCAAGCUUGAAGAAUGCUUGUAGGAAGAAGCAGCAGCUCUCUCAAAGCCUGACCCCUCUCUAUGGUCUCAGAGCUCGUUGCUAGGCUGGUUGUUUCUCUGCUUUUCCAAUUUCUCCCCUUAGGUGCCAGGCGUGCUCCUCCAGCUCCGCCACCGAGGGGUCACUGCCUGCAGACCCUGGAGGGGUGAAGGUUGCAGAGUCAGUGCUGCAAGACUGGAAUUGAUCUGCUGCAGCACAAAACACUGCUCCCGAGUCCUGCAGGCAGCUGUCUCUCCUAGUUUGUUACCAAGCAGCCUUCCAGAAAACUUUCAGCUGCCUCAAGCUGACAAUAUGUGAAAAUGCCAGUUUCUAUUUUGUCCAGACUGAUAAAAUCCAAGUGGCACUAAACCGUGUGUCUGUUCAGGAGCAGGAGCCCUGCCUGGGCUGGAUCAUGUUUGGGUUUAGACUCAUGGCCAGUGGACUCUGAGGGAGUAAAAAGUGAUGGGGAGCUGGCUUUGGGUUCACACUCUGAGCAAAGGCUGAUGGCUGUGUCUAAUGCUGUGCAAGGAGCUGCUGCUCUCACUGGGGAACAGAUGAAGUAGUGCAGGAAAUAUUGGAUAGCCUGGAGGAAUACUCAUGUUCUUCAGACUGAACAGGAAAGUGCUGGCCACAUUUGGUAGUGUUCUAGGAGGGUUCUGUCCAAACCUCAAAGCCACCUGGGGUCCUUGAGUGCUCAGGAAAAGCUUGAGGCCAGCACAGCAGGACAGGGAGAUGGAGCAGCCUCUUGUGUGUGACCUCUUGGCAGGCUGUGUGUGGUGUCUGCAGUGUGAGGUGGGCAGGGUGACAAGGGACAGGCUCUGAGAGGACAGAGGGAGCAUGGCAUAGGCAGCAACCUGUAAAUCCCUGUUCUUUAAAACUGUAGGAAUUCAGGCCUUUUUUUGUUUUGUUUUUAGGCGAAAUAGAUUUCACAUCUAGGAAUUACCAGCUGUUACUUCCCCGGUGUAUCUGAAAUGGGCAGCUUUUUACAAAAGCACAGAUCCAUACAGCUACACAUUUUGUCACAUUCCUCUCCAGUGGCAUGACUCAGGCAGGGAAUCUACAGGAGCAUGGAAAGGGAUGCAUGUAUUUUCUAGUUAGAGACUAUGAGGUGUAUCCACUAAUAAAUUCUUUAUCCAUUUAAUAAAUCAUCAAAGAAGUGGGGUUUAUUUUGCAUUCAUGUAAUUGCUUUGGUUUGGCUGUGAGUUUUUCCCUUAUGAUAUAUUCAUUUCAUGUUUUGAUGCUUGUGUAAACCCACCAGCUUUUAACUUGGAAGUCCCUGAAUUUUACAGCCACAUCCAUGGAAUGUGUCAGCAAUACUUACUUGUGUGGAUGAAUUCUGCUUGUGUUCUGCAAAAAUGUCUGUGUUAUUCCUGGAGAACAAUUCCUGUCCCAAUUGAACCAUGAUGUGCAUUUCCAUCAGUGGUGGGCAUGAUCUGCCAGAGAAAAAAGGGUAAAAUUUAGGGUGAUGUUUUUAAGUGUUUCCUUCUCCACAGUAAGUUAGCCCCCAGAAGAGUGAGCAUGUCCUUACAGAUCAUGCCUGCCAGGAAUCCUACCUGCAAAAAUAGAUUUUCUGUCUCAAGGGCCUUAAAUAAGAGUGUUACUACACAGAACUAUUCUACAGUGAUAGCUCUAAAUAAUUUAUUUUUUAUUUCAACAAAGUACACCUUUAAAAAGGAAUAAACUUGUUUUUCAAGCCGUAUUUUUAUGCUUGUAGCACUGGACUGUUUGGUCUCUGAGAUCCAUUUCUGCAUUUCAUUGCCUGGGUUUGUUCUAAAGAAGAUUUAUUUUUGUUCUGUGAAUAAUUUUUGAAGGUUCUUGUAAUAUGUACAGAUAUAGAUACAUUUGAGGACUUUUAUUGAUAUUCCUACAAAGAAUACAAAUAAACUUUAACUUUAAACAGUU